AUGACUAAUGAUACUAGCGCUAAUAGUACAGGUGUCAUUACCUCAGCGAUACAGCCAUCAUCGUCAUCAUCAUCCGCCGCUGCAACAUCAGCAACAGCAGCAACAGCAGGAACUACUACUGAGCAAGCAAAUACCACUCCUGUAUUUGUUCCAAAAUCAAAAUCAACUGUUGUUGUCAAACCUUCACAACGCGGGAAUCCCUUGCUUCAAUUCAUCAAAAAUGUACCUUACGAAUAUGGUGAGAUCGUGCCUGAUUUCAUUGUUGGACUGACAUCCUGUAUCUUGUAUUUAAGUAUCCGGUAUCAUCGACUGCAUCCGGAGUAUAUAUAUAAUCGAAUUUCUACGUUAGGAAAAACAUUCGUGCUUCGCGUCCUUUUGGUUCUUGUCGACGUGGAAAUGCAUCAGCAAGCCAUCCGCGAAUUGACACGGGUGGCAAUGCUAAAUAACCUUACAUUGGUCUGUGCAUGGAGCAAUGAAGAGGCUGCUCGUUACAUUGAAACGUACAAAGCUUACGAAAAUAAGGCCCCUGAUGCUAUCAAAGAGAGGAUUAGCAACGACUAUAUUUCCAAAUUGACAGACUGUUUGACUCAGAUCCAGUCUAUCAACAAGACUGAUGUGGUAACACUUGCGUCGACAUUUGGUUCGUUCAAGAAUAUCAUGAAUGCACCUGCUGACGAAUUGGGCGUAUUACCAGGGUUCGGCGAACGUAAAGUGAAGAGACUGUUAGAAGCAUUUGAUCAACCUUUUGCAAUAGACCCUAAAAAGAGACGGCAACGUCGUCGAUGA